CUUAUAAGUACGUGUAAAUUUUUCUUAAUAACAUUUGACAGAAACGGCACAAAACUGCACAGAUUCACUAUUUAAUAGCUCCUAAGAUGGAAUUAUCUAAUUUUGCCGUGAUUUGUAUGCUUCUUCUAGCCGCGGUUUUCCAACUCUCCAUGGGACAAGAAUGGGGAAUAGCUUAUGGAAAGCGUGCCAGUCAGGUAGUUUAUUAUAACCAUUUGAAUAAUCAUUAUAUGAAAAAAAUAAUCAAAACAGUGGGGUUGUUUUGUUAAAGAGGUCUUCUUUCAGCCCAAAAAAGUUUCGUGCAGUAUGUAAGAAUAACUUCCUAUCGAAGGUAAACACAGUUCUAUUUGUUUAUAAAAUCUUAGAUAGGAUCAAACACACACAAAUGUACCGUAGUUUUAAAAUAUUUUGAUCUUGUUUGGUCUUAGUUAACAUCAAACGUUUUCAAAAUUGAUUAUCAAUCGUUUACUCAUCCCCCCCAACGGCGUCUCUCAGGGAGCGGACCCACUGGGUCGCCGUAUUAUAUUUUCUCCAUUUUUUCACUUUUCAUCAUUAAUACUGACAGUGCUUAUCAAAAACUAUCGUGUAAAUAAGGCUGUCACGAAUUACUGUGCAAUGCGCCGUAGAUUUUUAAGUGGAAAAAAGGAGGUGCUGAAUCAAUCAGAUUUUAUUUAAUGAUCAUUAUUCUCGAGUUUUAAUAAUAUCUUCAAAAUUUAUAUCAAUUCAUCAGAAUAUGAAAUGCAGUCUUAAUUACAUCAAUGAACAGAACAGAUGGGCCAAUCACUAAUAAGAGAUAAAAUUAAAAUAUAAUGAAGCAGCUAUAUCAAAGAUAGACUGUAAAAUCUGUCAAAUUACAAAAAGGCAAUAAGGAGAAUGAACCAAUCAGAGAAGACAAAAAAGUGGGCCAAUGAGCAUUAAUGAAAGGCAAUAGAGAAUGAACCGAUCAAAGAAGACAAACAGUGAACCAAUUAGCACUCGUUUUUUUUUUGAGUAAGUAACACGUAAUAGCCACCCUGAUUGUACUAUGCUCUUUGCUGAUGUUAUUCACGUGCUUUUCUUUGUAGUUUGAUGACAACAGAGCAGUGUCGACAGGAAAAUAUGAAAGAUUACAUAGCAGCUUUCUUGCUCAAGAUCACCGUGACAAGUCAAUGAAUCACAAAUUUCAUUUCCAGAAGAAGAAGAAUGCUAUGAAUUAUGGAGACAAAGACUUGUUUAAAGACCUAUUGGGGUAGUUACUUAGUGGAACAUUUGAAUCAAAAUACAGUUCCAUGAGCGUUCUAAGCCAAAUUGUUACAAAGUUGCAAACUUAAUCACGGCCUCAAUAAAUACAGUACAACAUACACAAUCGAUAGUCCACCUGCUUUAUGCGCUUAAACUAUUUUCCCUUUUUUAAUUUUUAUUCUUUAUUUACAACUUUUUUAUCCUUUCGUUUUUUCAUGGAGGUGGGCAGUUUAUUGGAACGAUGCAUUUCAGAGUUUAAGCUAUUGUUUUUCCGUACUGUUCGCUCCCUUAUACUACUACAUAUGAAAUUUCUGCAAUUUGAUUGGCUUAUAGCAGUGGUAUUUCAGCUUAAUUUGAAAUACCUAAAAAUACCCUAAAAUUACAAACCGUUUCCGGGUAGUAGUAUCAACAAAUAAUAGUAUGAUUUGUACGUGAUAUGUGGCAGAAAUACCACUCGUGAUAUUUCAAAAUUGUCUCAAAUUUCACUCGCCUAACGGCUUGUGAAAUGACGAAUAAUAAUUUCGAGAUAUCAUGGUAUUUAUGCCAAAUAUCACUACAAAUCAUGCUAUUACCCAAACAUAUAACUCAUGAUCUAGAGGGGUUCAGUCCCCACUUAGGAGCCUGGCCAAUGUUAGGAAAUGAAACUCUAAUUAUGCAAUGUUUAACAUGAUCACAGCAAAAAGCGUUUUAUCGAAUAUUUUUAUCUAGGUUUACACCAGCCCAGAAAUUUGCGAAUUGGUGUAGACGAUUGAUCCGGAUAUUUCCGAAUCCAACUAAGUAUUCAAGCUCUUAGACUUGAUAAAACACUCGCUGCCGUUGGUUUGAUCAGCUCAUAAACACGGUUCAUGCAAGAAAGGCUUAGCAUUAAUAUAUGAAGAGUAUAAGAUAAAUAGUAAACUGAAUAUCCUUCUCAGUUUGUUGCGAGUCGCUGGUUGAUUCUUGAUGUUGCGGAAAUUAUUGUUGGUUUGCUUGUGUGUUGUGUGGGUAUUGUUCCCCGUCUUUUUGUCUUCUUUUCAUUUUUGUGUUUUUUUUAAGUUAUUUGGCAAUCGCACCCAUCCUCAUCACCAAGAAACUGCCUCCGAGGCAAGCUGACAAAGACAAGAACUUGAAAAGAUCGGCCCAGGUUAUUACAAGUUACUAUAUUUGAUUUCCAUCUUGGCUAUGUGUAGCUUAGAACACUUUUAGCCCUAAAGAAGUUUGUAACCCCACCUUAAUAUUGUUCGUUAGAACUGCGGCAGUUUAAAAACUUUUAAUAGCCAGAACAAACCUCAGAGCAACCUCCAUAAGGUAUUUUCCAUCCCUCGCAGUUCUGUUGCCCUUCUACUUCCAUCAGCAAAAUUAAGGCGAGAAUCGUUAGAAACGUGAAGGUGUGCAUGUUAACUAAAGAAGUUACUCCGUCAAAUACUUGAAAGCCUGACAGUUGAGUAGCCUGACAAUAUAUAGUUGCUCUGAUUCAGCGCACGUGAAUCAUUACGAAUUAAUGAAAAAAGGUUUGCCGCGUUUGAAAUCACUGAUUAACUAGAAAACAUGUUACUUGACUAUACAAUAUCCGAAUGUGGUAUUCACUUUGUUUAAAUUGUUAAAUAAGAUCGCCAUUAGCUUUAUUUUGAAGGAAUUAAAACACUCUAGGGCAUAAAUUAUUAAAUGUGAAUUUUAGUCAUAUUCUGCUCUUAUAUUAGAGUGAGAUAAAAUGAUAAUUGACUUUUUAGGAAAGGCUAUAUAGUAUUUCGAAACAUACUUGCAACAAGUGGAUGGUGUUCUCAUUACAAUAUGUAGAGAUGUAAAAAUGGCUGUCGUCCUCAAAUACAGGCCGUAAAUAAUUAAGACUAUCAAAAAAUAGCAGUUAUACGGAAACGUAACAGAUCUCUCUUUUCCGAAUUGAGAGAGCAGUUAAAAUACCCAAGGCAGUAGGGCUUCAUUUUUGUGCGUAAAAAUAUCGAGGUUCAUUGCACAGAUUGGAAGGAAAUGUCAAACUCUUAGUGACCAUCACUCUGAUUAUUAUAUAUUCUAACAUUAGCAUCUAGUUUUAAAUCUAAGAAAGUUUUAAAAGUUAUUAGUGACAUUUAUUCAUUCAUUAAAAAUAGAAUCUUAGUCGUAAUGGCUUACAUUUUAAGAUAAUUAUGAGUGUCAAUAUAUUCCCUUAAUUAAGUAACCUUUGACUUGACAAAAAUUCACACUAACAAAAGGGAGUUGUUCUGAAGAUAACGUUUAUAUUUCAAACAUGCCAGUGAUCACGGCUCCCCUUUUUCAAGUCUAAUUGCUCUUGCCGACACACAUGCAAUCUUUGACGAGAAAUCAGUGAAAUCACGGCUCUAACUUGAUAUCUAUACAACGUAUAACAACACUGAUCUAAGACCAUCUAACUAGCAUUGAUAUAAGCAUGGUUAUACUAACAAUUGCAACGCGACGUAAUUCACACGCCAAACUCGUAUCAAACUGAGAGCAAAGGAUCCCUAGUUCCCAGUGACUUCAGUAAAAGGGCAGAGGAGAGCUACUGGUAAGUAGCUAGAUCGGUUAGACACACAACCCUUGGAUAACUUGUUCCUUGCGCAAAAUGCUCUCUAUAUCAUCUUCAUUACAAUACCGCAGAGGAAACUGACAGCACGUACUAGAUAAAAAUCCUCAGACAUGACUUCUUUUCAGUUGAUGAGAAUGUUGGGUUAGUACAUUUAACAAUUAAUAAUUGAAAUUUUCCCAAGGAUUGUUAUUAAAACCCAGCAACUUCAGUGACCGAGAGUCAAAAAAACAUGCACUGUAAAGACGGACAACUCUACAGCAAAACCCACUUGAAGUUAAACCACUUUGUCUUCUUCACCCAUCAUAAGCACAGAGGAGACGUUCCGUCUACACUCACUCGGAUACUGGUGGAGUUAAAUACUCACACGUCUGAUUUUUGUUUUAGGCGUGGAAUCAGAAGCUUUACCAUAAACAUGUACAGUAAUUAUCAUGUGCUCAUGAUUAAAUCAGUGGUUUUGCACCAAUUAAGCGCCCUUAGCCCAAGGUGGAUGAAAUAUGCAUUAGCCGCCCAUGCAUUUUCUUUCAAUAUAGCACCCCACGACUUCUUUCAACUAAAAUAGAUACUUAAUUUUCUCACCUGAAAGCCAUUGUUAAUCUAAAGAUAUUCUGUUAAUGAGACCCUCAAAGUCUUAAAGUUCAGCCGUUCAAACCCUUUGCCGAAACAAAAACAAAAAACCCUUUGCUUGACUUUGCCCAAACUUAACUGAAAAAAAUCUUCACGGAUUUUACGUUUUGUACUUUCAACGCUAAUGACCAGAGUGUGGUCAGUUUUCGCAGACCGUAUAAAAAAUAAGCCGAACAAUUUCAAUGCGAAAAAUUCGACGGAAAUAUCAAAACAUAUCAUUUCAGGAGGGCCGGCCAACUGACUGGUAAAAAAACACAGCUUCCGAACCGUUUAAUAAGUUCAGCACAUUUUCGGACCCGUCCGCUAUAUAGCUAUAAACUUAACCAAUCUUAUGUGGGUGGGUAUCGAGGAUGUAGAGGUUGUGUUUGUAAAAGACUUCAGAUGGUCUUCGAACAUCAUCCGGGGAAAACAUUUUCAUUUCAUCACAUCAAACUAAACGAUUUUACCAAAGUGGGAGCAGUGGAUAACAGAGAAUUCAAAACAUAGUGAUGCAAUAAAAUGCACUGUAGUUGCUCCAUACACACAUAGCAAUUGCGCCUGGGAUUCGCUUUAUUCAAUCGUAUCUUCUGAGUAAUUUUGUAAACCAAGACCCUGAGUGAAUGAUGAUGAUGGUGUUUGAGAGCAUGUUCUCUGCUUUUUACUCUCCUUCUUUAUUAACAAAGCAAUGUAGCUCAUUUUCUUUGUAGCCUGAUCUUGUUCACUUGGUUUCCAAAGAGUAAGAAAGUUUAAAAAAUUUGAAGACGUAAAUAAGAGAAAAAAUUCUAUUUUUAAGAACAAACCUUUCUUGCUUUUGAGUCUUGUGUACAGCCGUACAGACGCUCAUAAUCGCUACAACCCUGUGCUGAAGUACGUAGCAUAACCAACAACAAGAGAAGAGAGAAUAUCACAAGCGAAUUGACUGAAUUCAUCUUCAAAGUAUUAACAGACUGCACUAGAGAAAUACAUUUUGCGUUGUCAAACAAAUAUUUAUACUGACAGUACCAUGCCUCAAAUAAAGCAACAAAUUUGUUUUGGUCAAUGAAGUACAAUGGCAAUGUUCAGAAUGUUUACAAAGAAAUGAUAUCUACGCCCUUGUAAUAAUUUAUUAGAUGGUUUUAGUGAACCAUGAUGCUGGUAGUGAACUUGAGCGAGUAAGAAAAAAAGAGGGGUUCGCUAAGUUUGAAGAAUAUUUUUUCAACAUUUUCACUUCUUGUUUUUUAAUUCGUUUUCUUCUUCCUGCGAAACAAUUUUGAAAACUCAUUAAUCUAUGCAGGCGAUUCUAAUAGUGACAUAAUACUACCACUCAAUUAGGAUAACGUUUCUUGAUCGCAAGACCGUAGUUAGUUACCCACGCACGGAAUCAAUUAACUGAAUCUUAUCUCAGUCAGCCGGGACAGUUAUGCUAAAAAAUAUGGUCAUGGUUAAAAUAGAUCAAAUUGCCGAUAUAGUGAACUUAUAAUUACCCAAUUUUGCCAGCUAAAAUUAUCAGCCAGUAUUGAGUUUAGAGAUGUUUAUUCCUCAAACCAAUUUGAAUCCAAUAAUAACUAUUACCACCAUCAGAUGGAUCUCGGCUCUAGAAUGAAUGACACCCACGUACACUACGACACAAUACCACACAGCUGGACUAUUUUCAAGUUAGUUUUUCAUUGAUGUACUCCAACCUUAGAUUUGGAAUCAUUUUUUUCUUUGUAAUUCUCAAAACUAUAAUAUAUCAACAUCGAUUUUUUGAUACAAAAAUAAGUUAAAAUCAUUACGAUAUAAUGUCCCGACGUUUCGGCGACCGUCUCAUAACGCUACUUAGCAAGGAAUGAGUAUGUUAGAGAGUUUAAAAGCAGUUCAAGUUCUUUAAAUUCACAUAUUAAGGUUUUUAGUUGGUUAUGUAACUACAAUAUAACAAUUGAAACAUUUUCUCAAAAAGGGUCUAGAAAAAUACAAUGUACUUCUGCCACUUUAUUCAUAUUAGAAAUCAUUAAUCAUUUCAAUUUUAGAUGAUCAUAUUUCAGUACAAAACAAGCAACGUAAAGAUGAACCUAUGCCACUGAAACAUUCGGCCUCCUUUAUUUAUUCAGCUUAUUUAAAUAGCUGUGAAGUCCAUUAGAAAUGUACAAUGUACUUCUGCCACUUUAUUCAUAUUAGAAAUCAUUAAUCAUUUCAAUUUUAGAUGAUCAUAUUUCAGUACAAAACAAGCAACGUAAAGAUGAACCUAUGCCACUGAAACAUUCGGCCUCCUUUAUUUAUUCAGAUUAUUUAAAUAGCUGUGAAGUCCAUAACAAGCAAUUCAAUCAGGAUAAACAUUGAACAAAGUUUAAUCAGUAUUUAUUGACCUUAGUCUAUUUUAAGAGUCGGCCAAUGCCAGCAUGUAAGUUUCGGCUAUUACGAGUAUUAAGUAUUGUACACAGACUUAUUAUCAGAUCAAAACGCACGUGAUGGUAAAGUGAAGUUAAAUAUGUCGCACAGCAAGAAAUAGGGGUCCUUGUCAUAAUCGUUGACCACUAAAGGAAAGAUUUGUUGAGAAGGUUAGGGUUAAUUAUGAUUUAAAUGAAAACACCUUAUGUUUUCAUGCUGGAACGUGAAUUUGAUACAUAUUUUAUCACUGCCAAAAUACAAUAAAACAAUAAGAGCUCUUUUCGUUUCCAUUACCUACCCAGAUGCCACGCAGAUAAAUACGGUAAACUUGUUCAUAAUUGUCUAUGAUUAUGACAUCUUUAUCAAUGUUACAAUCUCUUUUUCGGUAAAAAUUGAUGCAAGUUUUAAGCUUCUUGGAUAUGUUAAGAGUGAAUUCCUUUUUUAUCUCCUAGAAUUUUAAACAAACAACCAUACAUUGUCGCCUUAUCUAUAGUCUCUAUCUUUUCCUAAUUAAUUUUUUUUUAACUUUGCUAAGUAACGGUAGCUUAGUAUGUUUAAUUAGUAAGAGAAAUAAAAAAUUGGUUAUUUUCAUAUCACACGACGUGGAAUUUGAAAACGCAGGAAAGUUGAUGUCGUAUAUAGCCUUUUGAGUCAAGUCAUCAUCAUCAUCAAAUGAUGUGUUUCCAGGGCUGGCAGAACAAGUCGAUUCUUCUGGUUUCUCUCCCCAUCCCAAUACUAUCAGAAACUGUCAGUGCACAAGCAAGAAGGGGAAAUGUCCAUGCUUACCAGUCUUAAAACCUGGUCGAUCUUCGAAUUACGAAAUGCCCAUUAGGGGGCAGUUGUUAUCGUGUUGUUUAUUACGUAGUAUAGCAGAAAAUUUAGAAAUAAUUUUGCACCAGUACAUUCCUUGAUGGAUUCAAACCAUUAAGAUCCCCGUGAUAAAUUGUACUUAUAAGAGACCAUUGAGACUAGAAGUAAUUACAACUCUUGCUCGCUCAUCGACGCCGGAGAAAUGAAAUCUUUCAAAUUUCUUCUAUUUGUCAGUGCCCUGUUUCUGGUCGUGUCUGCAGCUCCCAAACCAAAAUGUAAAGGGUGGAACAUUGCCUAUGGUUGUCAGUUUAAGAAGGUUUGUAAAACAUAAGAAAACCAUUGAUUUAAGUAGCUGUCACAGUGAUGAUUAAGCUUUCCUAGACUAGUUUUUCUCUCUCAGAACGUACGUACAAUUAUCGUUUCCACUAAAUAUUUCUCUUGCAAAAGUAACUUGGAUCUCCUUUUCUCUGAGAAGUUGCAGAGUUCUUCAUUGCAUUUGCAUUUACGGCAUAUAAACGAGUAAUGACCUUUUAGUUAAAGAGUUUUCAGAUCAUUAUACAGUAUUACCUUUUUCUUUUUCAUAGUUUUUCCUAAGCACUACACGGAAAUCUCCUCUUAAAAUAAUAUCGUGUUAGAAUAUUCUGGAAGCAAAAUGCAUCACUACCAGAGCCAUAUAUGGGAUGGCAGUUAGGGCGCGUUUAAGCCAAUCAAAUUCGGAUUCAGACUCAGUCAAUUAAAUUGUUUCAUUAAAAGGGCAAUGUUAGAAUAUAUUUCAAACAAUCUACGUUCAAGCAGGGUUCAUUAGACUUGUGUUUAAUUUGCUUAAAGACUAGUAAUUCGGGACAACUAACUUAUCACAGUGACUACAUAUUUUUCAUUUAUAGGAAUGGACAGGCCAUCCCGAGAAAAACCCUUUGUAUGAUAAACUGUUUUCAGAAGCCGACAAAAUCCGGAGGCAGGAGUCAAAGAGAUGGCCGUGGGCUGACGAUGCUGAAAACAGGGGAAUAAAAAAGCGAGACUAUCGUGGCAUGAACUAGAUCAAAAACUAAACACAGGUGUUGACGUAAGAUGUAAAGUAAAUGUUCAAACCUGAGUUUUAAGUUGUUAAUUGAAAGAUUGCAAUGCUAAGAAUUGUUAAA